AUUUUGGAAGAGCAUAAUCAUCCAACAUCACCAUUAGUCAUGGGUCAAUAUGAAAUGAAAGAAGAAAUGCUAAAGCUUGCACGCGAGACUUGUAGAGAUCCAAAGGAAAUAUUUGAUUCAGUGUGCAGAAGCAAUCCAAGUAUAGGACAAUAUUUAUCUUUUCCAUCUAUAAGAUGUACCAUGCAUCGUGAACGUAUAAACAGUAGACCAUCUGUACCUGAUACAUUGGCAUCAUUACGUGAUAUGCUGCCAAACUCUGAUAUGUUGAAAGAUUUCUAUAAAGGAAGCAUAAUUACAAGUUGUGGAAAUACAGCGAUAAUUUUAUCAACUAAUGAUUUAAUAGAUGCUUUAUCUUCCGCUACCGAAAUUUAUGUGGAUGGAACAUUUUCU